UGAAUAAUGUUCACCAUUUACUCCCAGAGUUCAGAGGAAUAUCUGCACAGGCUUUUUGAUGCCUGGCUUCCCGGAGGAGACAGAGUCUCUUUAACUUUCAAAGAACGAGUUUACUAGCAGAGGGCUCAAGAGCCUUGGCCAGGAACACACACACCAGUGGACUCCAUAGAAGAGCAGGGGUCAGAUAAAUGACCUUAAUGGCCUAAAAGAAGAAACCUUUGACAAGCUGAGAGUCCCCGACUCAGCAUAACAGCACACCUGCCUGACAAGAAAGCCAGCACAGUAAGGAGAACUUCCAUUGGCAUCAUUCAUGAAACUAUAGAGAACACAUUUACUGAUAAACUUCCUCCCAGAGUUCCCUCUUCUGCCCUAUAAAGCCCAAGCCCUGAACCUGGACACACAGUCUCCAUCCCCAGGAGAGCCUGGAGUCCUUCCGUUGAACUGACCAGAGGACAAUUGUCACUGUAGAGGCUGCUCUGCUCUUUCUAUUAUUUCCAUCUCUCCUCUAUCAGUUCCAAUCAAACACCCAUUUCCUAGAUCAAAAAUGUCCAGCAGAGACAAGGAUCCACUGGCCUCCUGCUCGGAGCAACAGGAGAAGGGAGACGUGAAGCAGGACCUGUGGGAGCUGCACAGCCAAGCAUCAUUUGAGGACUCUAUCACCAUGGAAGCAGCUCAGUCCAAGAAGGCCAGCGAUUCAGAGGAGGCUCAGCAUGAGGGCCAAGAGAACUUGGACCUCAUCCACAAAAGGAGGAAGUGGAAGCACUGGGAGCUGCAGCAGACCAAAGCCCAGGCAAAGAGGGACUUGAUUCUAAACAGUUUUUCAUCAUUUCCUGGCUCAAGAAGCACACCCUGUGUGCAUUCACCUACCGAAGAAGGAUAUAUAGUACAACCAAGACGAAGAACUGCACAUCACAUACCAACUCUGAAUAUGAGACCAUGUGGGCUUUCAGACAGUUUUUCAUCAUUUCCUGGCUCAAGAAGCACACCCUGUGUGCAUUCACCUACCGAAGAAGGAUAUAUAGUACAACCAAGACGAAGAACUGCACAUCACAUACCAACUCUGAAUAUGAGACCAUGUGGGCUUUCAGCCUUUUCUUCAUCAUCUCUUGGCUCCACAAGCACACCCACCCUGGAUACAGCUAUCCCCCAAGAUUCUGUACAACUACUGAGCUCUGGUCAUGGAAUUUUUAGGAAGAGACCUCAUUCAAGAAUCAUUCCAGAAAUAUAUCAGAACCAAAGAAGAGAGAAUCUUUACCCCACACAGACGUUGAAAACAGAGAAUUUGCUCCAAAAUUUCACACAGCUACUACUCCUACAAAAUUCUUGCCCAAGAGGCUGGGAGACCUUGGUCAGGAAAAGCUGGCAUCAAUGUGUAGCAGAGGAGAGAGGACAUCUGAUUGAGACCAAAGACUUAUUUCUCCCAAGCACAGGUACCCAGGAAGAGCCUCAAUUAGUCAUAUUAGAGGGGGUUGCUGGGAUUGGGAAGUCAAUGCUGGCCAGGCAUGUGAAGAGAGCCUGGGAGGAAGGCCAGCUCUACAGGGAUCGCUUCCAGCAUGUCUUCUACUUCAACUGCAGAGAGCUGGCCCAGUACAAACAGCUGAGUCUUGUUGAGCUCAUAGCAAAAGACCAGGCUGUGCCUGAGGCUCCCAUCAGGCAAAUCCUGUCUCACCCUGAAAAGCUGCUCUUCAUUCUGGAUGGCAUAUGUGAGCCAGCAUGGGUCUUGGAGGAACAGAAUCCUGAGCUCUGUGUGCACUGGAGCCAACAACAGCCAGUGCACACACUGUUAGGUAGUUUGCUGAGGAAAUCCAUCCUGCCUGGGGCUUCCUUGCUGCUCACAGCUCGGACCACAGUUCUGAAGAAGCUCAUUUCUUCCUUGGAGCAGCCACGUUGGGUGGAAGUCCUGGGUUUCUCUGAGUCAGGACGGACGGAAUACUUCAACAAAUAUUUUACAAAGCAAAGAGAAUCGGUUGCAGCUUUUAGCUUCAUUGAAUCAAACCCAGCGCUCUCAACACUAUGUUUUGUGCCCUGGGUGUCCUGGCUGGUCUGCACUUGCCUGAAGCAGCAGAUGGAACAGGGGGGAGACCUCUCAAUGACUGUUCAGACCACCACAGCUCUCUGCCUGAAAUAUCUUUCCCAGACUCUCCCAUCCAAGUACCAGGGGAAUGAGCUCACAGGGCUCUGCUCACUGGCUGCUGAGGGGAUCUUCCGAAGAAGGACUCUGUUCAGUGAGAGAGAUCUCAGGGAUCAAAGGUUAUCUGAAGAUGUCAUUGCCACGUUCCUGAAGAUUGGUAUCCUUCAAAAGCAACCCAGUUCUCUGAGCUACAGCUUCUCUCACUUGUGUCCAGAGUUCUUUGCAGCAAUGUUCUGCAUCUUGGGAGAUAAUGAGAGACAUGGUGAUACGGAAAGCUACAGAAUUGUGGAAACACUUAUAGAAGUAUAUGGAAGACAAGAUCUGUUUGAAGCACCCACCAUAUGCUUCCUAUUUGGACUUUCAAGUGAACAGGGGAUUAAAGAGAUAAGGAAGAUCUUCACAGGCCCCUUGAUUCUGCAUACACCAUGGUACCUGCUGGGGAAAUCCAGUACAUUGCUCCAGCAUCAGCAGCUAUAUUCUCUGGGGUUGUUUCAUUGUCUGUACGAGAUUCAAAAUGAGGAUCUCUUGACAGAAGUGAUGCAUGAUCUUCUAAAAAUGAGGGACAAUGCCCUGACAGAUAUGGCACACCCAGUGUUUCAGACAAAUGUGAAGCAUUUGAUUGUCCAGACAGAUGUGGAGCUCAUGGUGGUCACUUUCUGCAUUAAGUUCUGCCACCAUGUGAAGAGGCUUCAGCUGGAUGGGGGUGGACAGCAAGGACAAAUGCUGAUGGCCCCCAGGAUGGUUCUGUCCAGGUGGAUCCCUAUCACAGAUACCAGUUGGCAGAUUCUCUUCUCUACUCUUGAGAUCACAGGAAACCUGGAGGAGCUGGACCUAAGUGGAAAUCCAAUGAGCUACUUUGCACUGUGCAGUCUUUGUAGGACCCUGAGUUGCCCUGGAUGUCAUCUAAAGACAUUGUGGCUUAUCAACUGCAGCCUUACAUCCAGACACUGUGUGAACCUGGCCUCAGUGCUCAAGGCCAGUUCCAGCCUGACUGAGCUAGACCUGCAGCAGAAUGACCUGGGCGACCUUGGUGUGAGGCUGCUGUGUGAGGGGCUCAGGAAUCCUAACUGCAACCUCAGAAUCCUACGGAUGGACCAGACUCCUCUCAGUGACCAGGUGAUGAUGGAGCUCAGGGCCGUGGAGGCAGAGAAUCCACAGCUACACAUCUCUAGCACAUGGAAACCACCUGUGACAGUCCCUGCUGAGAACCUAGAUGAAGAAGAAAUGAGUGAUAACCCUCUCUCAUUUAAGCGGCAGAGACUACAGUCAGGAAACAAACACACAGAACCACUGGGGACUGAAGAUGACUUCUGGGACCCUACAGGACCUGUGGCUACUGAGGUGGUUGACAGUGAGAGGAACCUGUACCGAGUUCAGUUCCCUGUGCCUGGUUCCUACCACUGUUCCAACUCAGGACUCUGCUUUGUGGUGACAAGGGCAGUGACCAUCGAGAUUGGAUUCUGUUCCUGGAGCCAACACCUGGACAAGACUCCCUUGCAGCACAGUCACAUGGUGGCUGGGCCUCUGUUUGACAUCAAGGCUGAGCAGGGAGCUGUGGCUGCUGUGUACCUCCCUCAUUUUGUGGAUCUCCAAGAGGGACAGGUGAACAUUUCCUUGUUCCGUGUGGCCCAUUUUCAAGAACAUGGGAUAGUCCUAGAAACGCCAUCCAGGGUGGAGCAGCGUUUUGCAGUGCUGGAAAACCCAAGCUUCUCCCCAAUGGGAGUUCUAAUGAGAAUGAUUUCUGCUGUCAGGCACUUCAUCCCCAUCACUGCCACCACAUUGAUCUACUAUCACCUCAAUCUCAAGAAAGUGACAUUUCACCUUUACCUGGUCCCUAAUGACUGUACCAUUCGGAAGGCCAUUAAUGAUGAAGAAAAGAUGUCCCAAUUUAUUCGAAUAAACAAGCCACCCCCAGUAGACUCUCUGUACAUUGGCUCCCGCUACAUUGUGUCUUGUUCCAAGAAACUGGAAAUCAUCCCAAAGGAACUAGAGCUGUGCUACCGGAGCCCCGGGGAAUCCCAGCUCUUCUCUGAAAUCUACGUUGGCCACAUGGGUUCAGGGAUUAAGCUGAAAAUCAGAGACAAGAAAUAUAAGAAUCUCAUAUGGAAAGCCCUGCUGAAACCAGAAAUACAUCAGAAUGAAGGAAGAGAGAAUCUUUACCACACUGCGUCCUGGAAAACCAAGGAUUUGCUUCAAAAUUUCACACAGCUAUUACUUCUACAAAAAUCUUACCCAAGAGGCUGGGACACCUUGGUGUGGAAAAGAUGGCGUAAAAGUAAACCAGAGGAGAGGGGACAUCUGAUUGAGAUCCAAGAAUUAUUUUAUCCAAACCCAGAUACCCAGGAAGAGCCUCAAUUAGUCAUAUUAGAGGGGGCUGCUGGGAUUGGGAAGUCAACGCUGGCCAGGCAGGUGAGGAGAGCAUGGGAGGAAGGCCAGCUCUACAGGGAUCGCUUCCAGCAUGUCUUCUACCUCAGCUGCAGAGAGCUGGCCCAGUGCAAGCAGCUGAGUCUGGCUGAGCUCAUAGCAAAAGACCAGACUGUGCCUGCAGCUCCCAUCAAGAAGAUCCUAUCUCAGCCCGAGAAGCUGCUCUUCAUCCUGGAUGGCAUAGAUGAGCCAGCAUGGGUCUUGAAGGAGCAGAAUCCUGAGCUCUGUCAGCACUGGAGCCAGCCACAGCCUGUGCAAACACUGCUGGGCAGUUUGCUGAGGAAAUCCAUCCUGCCUGAGGCUUCCUUGUUGCUCACAGUUCGGACCACAGACCUACAGAAGUUCAUUCCUUCUUUGGGGCAGCCACGUUGGGUGGAAGUCCUGGGCUUCUCUGAGUCUGGGCAGAAGAAAUAUAUCUACAAAUAUUUCACAGAGAAAAGAGAAGCAAUUAAAGCUUUUAGAUUUGUUAAAUCAAACCCAGUGCUCUCGACCCUGUGUGUGGUACCCUGGGUGUCCUGGCUGGUCUGCACUUGCCUGAAGCAGCAGAUGCAACAGGGAGAAGACCUCUCACUGACCUCACGGACCACCACAGCCCUCUGCCUGAAAUACCUUUCCCAGACAAUACCAGCCGAGUACCUGGAGACCCAUCUCAGAAGGCUCUGCUCACUGGCUGCUAAGGGAAUCUGUACAAGAAGGACCUUGUUCAGUGAAUUAGCUCUCCAGCAGCAAGGGUUGUCUGAGGAUGUCAUCGACAAUUUCCUGAAGGUGGGUGUCAUUCAAAAGCAGCCCAGCUCUCUGAGUUACAGCUUUGCCCACUUGUGUCUCCAGGAGUUCUUUGCAGCAAUGUCCUGCAUCUUGGUGGAUAGUGAGGAUAGAUAUGGUGAUAUGGAAAACUACAGAAUUGUGGAAACACUGAUAGAAGUGUAUGGAAGACAGAACCUGUUUGAUGCACCCAUUUUGCACUUCCUAUUUGGUCUUUUAAGUAAAAAGGGAAUGGGAGAAAUGCAGAAGAUCUCUGCCUGCAGGUUUCCUUGGAGGACAUGGUUGUACCUGCAAUGGCACAUCCUAGAGGAAGCCCUGUACCAUCAACCAUAUUCUCUGGGUUUGCUCCAUUGUCUAUAUGAGAUUCAGGAUAAGGAGCUCCUGACAUUUGUGAUGGAAAAUUAUCAAGAAACAAGGAUGCAUGCCCCAGUGGAUAUGCUACAUCCAAGGUUCCUGACAAACAUGAAGCAUCUGCUGGUCCAGACAGACAUGGAGCUCAUGGUGGUCACUUUCUGCAUUAAGUUCUGCUGCCAUGUGGAGAGGCUUCAGCUGAAUCAUGGUGGGCAGCAGGAGAAAGGGCUGAUGGCCCCAAGGAUGGUUCUGUCCAGGUGGACCCCAAUCACUAAUGACAGUUGGAAGAUUCUCUUCUCCACUCUUAAGUUCACAGGAAACCUGAAGGAGCUGGACCUAAGUGGAAACCCACUGAACAACUGUGCACUGCAGAGUCUUUGUAAGACCCUGAGGUACCCUGGAUGUCACCUAAAGACAUUGUGCCUUGUCAACUGUGGCCUCACAUCCAUCUCCUGUGCAUACCUGGCCUCAGUGCUCAGUGCCAGCUCCAGCCUGGCUGAGCUGGACCUGCAGCUGAAUGACCUGGGCAACCGUGGUGUGAAGCAACUUUGUAAGGGGAUCAGGAAUCCAGACUGCAACCUCAGAAUCCUGUGGCUGGACCAGGCCCCUCUUAGUGACCAGGUGAUGAUGAAGCUCAGGGCCCUGGAGGCAAAGAAUCCACAGCUGCUCAUUUCCAGCACAUGGAAGCCACGUGUGAUGGAUCCUACUAAGAAGCGGGUUAGAGAAGAAAUGGAUGAUAGCCCAAAAUCACGUAAGCGACAGAGACUACAGUCAGAGGAGGGGUGCUCACAACUUGUACCACUAGAGACCUUCCAUCCAUCUCCACCGGACUCCCCAAGAGACAAGCACCUGGAACCCCUGGGGACUGAAGAUGACUUCUGGGGCCCUACAGGACCUGUGACUACUGAGGUGGUUGACAGUGAGAGGAACCUGUACCGAGUUCAGUUCCCUGUGCCUGGUUCCUACCACUGUCCCAACACAGGACUCCACUUUGUGGUGACAAGGGCCGUGACCAUCGAGAUUGGAUUCUGUUCCUGGAGCCAACACCUGGACAAGACUCCCUUGCACCACAGUCACAUGGUGGCUGGGCCUCUGUUUGACAUCAAGGCUGAGCAGGGAGCUGUGGCUGCUGUGCACCUCCCUCAUUUUGUGGCUCUCCAAGAGGGACAGGUGGACAUCUCCUGGUUCCAUGUGGCCCACUUUCAAGAACAUGGGAUGGUCCUAGAAACCCCAACCAGGAUAGAACAGCAUUAUGCAGUGCUGGAAAACCCAAACUUCUCCCCAAUGGGAGUUCUAAUGAGAAUGAUUCCUGCUUUUGGACACUUCAUCCCCAUCACUUCCAUCACAUUGAUCUACUAUCACCUCAAUCUCAAGGAUGUGACAUUUCAUCUUUACCUGGUCCCUAAUGAUUGCACCAUUCGGAAGGCCAUUGAUGAUGAAGAAAUGAAAUUCCAAUAUGUUCGAAUAAACAAGCCACCUCCAGUAGACUCUCUUUAUAUUGGUUCCCGCUACAUUGUGUCUGGUUCUGAGAAGCUGGAAAUCAUCCCAAUGGAACUAGAGUUAUGCUACCGGAGCCCUGGAGAAUCCCAGCUCUUCACUGAGAUCUAUGCUGGCCACAUGGCUUCAGGGAUUAAGCUGCAAAUCAGAGACAAGAAGCAUAUGAAUCUCAUAUGGGAAGCCUUGUUAAAACCAGGGGACCUCAGACCUGCACCACCCAUGAUCACUGCAGCCCACAAAGAUGCUGCUGCCUCACUACACUUCCUGGACCAGCAUCGGGAGCAGCUGGUGGCCCGAGUGACGUCAGUGGACCCUCUCUUGGACAAGCUGCAUGGUGCUGUGCUGAGUGAAGAGGAGUAUGACGCGGUGCGGGCUGAGGCCACCAGCCAAGACAAGAUGAGGAAACUCUUCAGCCUCAGUCGGUCCUGGACCAGGGCCUGCAAAGACCGAGUCUACCGAGCUCUGAAGGAGACCCAUUCUCACCUGAUCGUGGACCUCUAUGAGAAGUCAGGUGGUGUCUCUGAGGAAUCCUGACAUCUUAAUAGCUGAGGAGUGAGCACUCUCACUUGAGUCCUGGGUCUGCCUGACCUUCCUUUGGCACUUGGUUUCCUCAUCUAUAAAGGCCACCAGUGUUGCCUUUCAAAUGGCAAUGUUUCCAGGACACCUCUUAGGGACCCAGAUGUUCCCUCCUGGCCUUCACCAGCCAGAUGUUUACAUUGGGUGAGCAUCUCAGUAAAUGUCCAGUGGAGCCAGCAAGUCUAUACAGGCCUUGUCCAGCUACUUUAUGGUGUGAGUGGCCAGCCUUGAGCCCAUCUGACCCCCGAUAAUUCAAACUGUCCUGGAGAGCAUGGGAAUGGAGACAAGGAGAUGAUACUUUUCCCUGAAAAGUGAAUGUUCUAAUGGCAUUCCUGCUGAGCUGCACCUGGCCUGGCUCCAGAGAGUAGCACCUAGCCCUAAUCCAUCUUUUGUUUAGCAGACACCUUUGGUUUCCCUUGUUGCCCUCCAUGUGAAUCCUGUUUCCCAAGGAUAAAAAGGCCUAUGCAAAACAUGGUUCAGGAAAACCAGAAGACCAUGGUACCUGAGAAAUCGAGGAAUUUGCACUUGGCAUUGUAUUGUUGGGAGCCCCUUUCAGGUUGUUUUGAGCAUAUGGAAAUUAACUGGCUAAACUGUUUUGGAGAGAAAUAAAACUGCCCUAGGCAAAGGGAUAGUGCUUUAGUCCUUUGAGGCUGAACCCCCCUGCAGCCAUGAAAGGCUAGAUUCAUUUUUAAGAUGCCUCUCAGUCUUCAUUUCACAGACCCACGUAAACCCACACACCCAUGUCAUGACCACACAGUUACAGAAUAUCAUAUUGAAAGACCCUAAUCCUUCAGGCUUACACCCCUCAAGCCCCAGGAGAAUGAGGAACUAAAAAGCUAGUUCCAAGAGCAAACUGACUCAGCCAUUAUUCAACCACCCUUACCACAAUGUAUGGAGAUUUCUGUUAAGAUAUGUUGCUCAACUGUGAUUGGGAUAAUUGCAAGUGUUCCAGGAAAGACCACUGUAACCUUUGUGUAACCUUCACUCCCGCCCUGAUACCCCCCAGAGGUUCCGGGGAAAAUUGUGCAUGUGGACAUGAUUGUACCUACCCUGUGAUUAGGCCAUAAUCUUGUGAAAGUAGCCCCUAGACAUGAACCAACUGGAACAAAAUUGCAUGGGAAUUGUAAUCGUAUGACUUUUGUGGGGUUUCCUUUUCCUUUAAAAGUACCUAUGUGGCUGCAGUAGGGUGGGACUCUUGCUCUUGGGAGGAGAGUAGCCGGACUGUACAGCCACAUUAAUAAACCUCUUGCUGUUUGCAUCAACUGGA